UUAGCGGCGGAGGCAGCCACAGUCGUAGCUAGCAGGCUGUCAAUCAGGAAUUAAAGACGUUUUUUUUGCUGUUAUUUCACUUUUAACAAACGUAUUUUCCAUAAUUUAACUACUUCUCAGCACAGGCGACGCAGACUGGAUUGGCUGCAUUUCAAUGGAGACGCUGUCAAAAACACUCGGUGCUGAUACUACGCAGCGGAAGGAGCUCUGUCCACCGCCAGCAGCCCCCAGUGGAGUCGUAUCUGACAGCCUUUCACUCCCAUCUUACAAGGACUACCCUUCUCACCGUCCCUCCAUUCACACACAUUUGUAUCACGCACACCAAACACGCUCACGUCAGUCUUGUCCACCAUCAUCUCCCACAAAGGCAUUCCCAGAGACCAGCAGUGCAGAGAUAUUAUCUGCCUUGAGGAACCUCCAGAAGAAGAUCAGGAUGUUGGAGUUGGAGAAAGGACACGUGAAGCGCAGCCUGCACACUGCGGGGAAAGAUGCAUCACACACACGUCUGCAGACUGAUGACGUCACGCGGAACCUCUCAAAGGAUCCCGCAGACCCAGAAAGAGGAACGAGUGCACGGUCCAACUGCAAUCAAGUGUUGAUCACCCACCUGGCUGCCGCCGAGUCUCGCUGCGUGAAGCUGGAGCGACAGCUGGACCACGUGAGGAGGAUGCUGCGCGGCGCCGAGGCCGACCGCGCCGGCCCGCCCAAACCGCAGGUUUCCGUGGAGACGACCAGGUCAGCCGGUCAACAGCGCGACGCGGUGUUUGAGCGCGCCCAGUCGGAGAAGCUGGAGCGGUUGGAGCGGGAGCAUCUCCGGCUGACGCGCACACAGAACAACGCCGAGAUGAAGAUUCUGGAGCUGGAGAUGAAACUACAGGAGGAGGAGCACCAGAGGAAGCUGGUCAAUCACAAGGCCAAUCAGCUGCAGACGGGCUUGGAGACCAAUCGGAUGCUGCUGCAGGCCGUGUCUCCUCUCCUCUCCAGCAGACGGCGCCAAGAGAAGACGUCGUGUUCGAAGAAACCGUCACCACAGCCGUCGUCGUCCUACACAGAGCCGCACUAUCGGCUGAGCCUCGGCGACGUGCCGUUCGUCGCUGGAACGUCGGUGGGCUGCAGCCACUCGGUCCGAGCCAACGUCCAGUCGGUCCUGUCCCUGCUGAAGCGACACCAGCCUCGCCUCUGCAACCGCCGCGUCCUCAACGCCGAGAGCCGCGAGACGGGACGCCACGGCCGUUCAGACGGCGGCUCUUCCUCCUCCUCCUCCUCCUCCUCCUCUCCCGCCGCCAGUGUGGAGGAUCUGUCGGAGCUGCUGCGAACGCUACAGGAGGAGCAACGCCUCAUGAGCUCGGAGCAGGACGAGCUGAGGAGGCGGCUGGAGGCCGGCGUGUCCGACCGGGAGAGAAGAGAACUUCAGAGGGAGGAGGAGAGGCUGCUGCUGAAGAUGGAGAGGAAAGGAGAACAGAUUAAUACGCUCUACAAACACAAAAUACACAUGAAGAAGUUUUUAAGAAAGGAAGCUCAUUCCAGGCGGAGCGGCGGCGGCGAGGCGAGGGUGACUUCUACGACGUCCACUAGAGGGCGCUGUGCUGCCGCGCAGGUCAAAGUUCGACCCGGAGAGAGAAGCAAGGGGAACCUGAGGCUGCUGAGGGACAUGAGGGCUCUGCAGACCUCACUAGGGACCUGAACCACGGUCACCGGGCCGUUCCUGGCCGAGCCGAGGCAUGAUCGGCACAGCUACUGUGUAUUUUUAUUAUUCUAUGUUUGUCGGGUAUAGAUGAUCCAUUGGGGAAAAUACUUUUUUUGGUUUACUGUAUUGGGAAAAAGUAACACUUCUAAACAGGCUGCUUAAACAAGACCUCCAUGUUCUCUAGUUAGUCUGGUGAGUCGAAGGUCCUUCCAGAAUAUUUUGGAGAAAAUGAGGGCUCGAAAUGAUAAUUGACUUGUUCUUUAUUAAUAUUGCUUUAAACCUGGGCCUAGACUUUACUUUAUAUUAAAGUACUUUACCAGAAGGAGGCAUGAGGCUUCAGAGGGACAAUGUGGCGAUGUUAACAAAUUAUUCUUUACUUUAUUAUGAAAGAAAGAAUUUAGAAGAAUUGGGUUUGAGAUUUUUGUGAAGCAUGGAAAACAUUUUUUCUUUUACAAUAUUGAACAAGCUGGACUUCUCUGAGUCUUAUAAAAUAAAAUAAAAUAAUAUUUUUUCUUUAAAUGUGGAAGCUACAUUCCUGGGUUGCUUGAUAGUUACAGAUUCUCACGCUUACAUAUUUAUGAACUGGAUGCAGCAGCAGCAUCCAUGGUUUGAAUAAACGGCAGCGAUGGUAUUUAUUUAUUUUAUAUUUCUGCAAUUUGAUUAUAUUUGUGCUGUAUUUGUUUUUGUUUUUUUAAACUGAGCCCUGUUGAUGUCAUUGCAGACUCAAUAUGUGGCACUCAUGCGUUGUGUGUUAUGAUCAUAUCUUUUGUAUAAUUUCUUCAAAAAUAUGUAUAAUUAUUAUUAUUUUUUGACCAUGGGUAAAUCUCGAGUGAAAACGUAUUUCUUUAAGGAAUAAAGUAUUUGUGUUUGCUUAUGACUACAGCGCUGUGUUUUUUCCAUGGACCGCCGCCAUUGUAUGCAUAUAUAUACAGGACUGUCUCAGAAAAUUAGAAUAUUGUGAUAAAGUUCUUUAUUUUCUGUAAUGCAAUUAAAAAAACAAAAAUGUCA